AUGGCCUCGACGCUCGAUUCAUUCAUCGAGUCUCAUAAGCCUCCCAGUCUCCAGUCUUGGUCCGGAGAUGGCGACGGCCAUGACACACACUGCAAGUUUGACUUUGCGCACAUUCAUCUGGGCCUGACGCUGUCGCACCUCAUCGCCAACGACACAUACCACAUCACCAGCAUGACAGUCCAGGACGCCAACGGCGCCGUUCGCCGACGAGACCUGGAUCCCAUCCGUCAAGACACACGCGCCACCUUGUGCGCUCGCGCCCCGGCCCGCGCCACGGAGACGUACCUCGCCAUUAUGCAGGCCCUCGAGCGCAUCGCCGAGUUCGAGGACCCGGCCCCAGCCGCAGCGGCCGUCACCCCGAAAAAGGACACCACCACCAGCCGCGGCUGGGACGCCGCGCGCAUCGACAGCUGGGACGAGGUCAUCGCCAAUCCGUACGGACUCGACGUGUCCACCAUCAAGGACACAGCACACGAACUGCUCGGGCGCACGCCCGAGCAGCUCGUCGCCGGCAUCUCGGACGAGUUUCGCAUCGUGCACAUGGAGUCGGUCGUGCGGCCAGAUCUGCUCCAGCGGUUCCUGCGCUACCAGAGCUCCUUGCAAGAAACGCUACUCAGCAGCAGCAGCGACAGCCGGCAGAACCUGCACAAGCGCAUGCCCCCAGGCAGCGACCGGCGCGCCGCGCGGCGCGAGGACCUCGUCGCAGAGAUGAUCCGGCCCAGGGUCACAUUUCACGGCACGCCCGUCACGUCGGUGGCGUCCAUCAUCCGUCACGGCUUCGUCAAGCCCGGGCGCGUCGUCGACGGCAGAGUCGUCGCCUCGCCUCGGUCCGGCAUCGCGUUUGACCGCGGCGUCUACUCCUCGCCCUCGCCGGGCUACGCGCUGUCCUACGCCUCGCCGGGCCACGGCCUCGGGCCGCAGUCCACGGCGACGCCGCUCGGCAGGCUGCCCAGCCUGCGGCUCGUCGUGUGCGCGACCGUCAUGGGCCGCACCUACACCCCGGGCGAGCCGUGGUGGCGGCAGGACCGGGCCAGGCCGGGGCCAGACGUCCACGGGCCGCUGGCGGAGGGCUUCGACGCGCACUUUGACGGCGGCUACGAGUACAUUGCGCACCACGAGGCCGCCAUGCUGCCCUGCUACGUCAUACACCUGGACCUGGGCAGCGAGGCCGCGCGCAGGGCCGUCGGGCUCGCGCAGACGGACCCCGCGGCGUACCAGCGCCAGGUGCGCGCGGCGCGCGAGCGCAGACUGCACCCCAGGCUGGUCGCGGACGCGGCGGCGCUGGCGCCGGGCGAGAAGAAGCGCGCGGCCGAGGCCCGCAAGGCCGCGGCGACCAAGUGGUUCCCAUACGGGUACGGCACGGCGCGGGGGACGCAGUUCGUGGUGGAGGAGGUUGGCGAGGUUUCCGAUGACGAGGAGGACUAUGGCGAGUGGCAAGAGGACAAGCAUGCGUACCUGUCCGAGGACAAGGAGGGCAGUUGGCUGGAGGAGCAAGGGCCGGAAACAUAUGCCAUCUUUGCAGAGGACGGUGAGACAGGUGAGAAGCGUCUAUUUCUGGAUGGAUAUCAGAAGGAGCGAUCUUAG